AUGUGUAUCGUGCUCUUCACAACGGCUCAUCCCGGCUAUUCGCUCAUUCUCAUUGACAAUCGCGAUGAGUUCAUCCUGAGGCCCACGUCGCGGCCGCACUGGUGGACGCAUCCAGAGUCGGGCGGCGAGGUUCUCUCAUCGCGAGACCUCCAGAGGGCGGCAAAAGGCACUUGGCUCGGCAUAACAAAGACCGGAAGCUUAGCUGUGCUGACCAACUACCGGGAACUGGUCAACGAUGACGCUGAACACCCGAUACACGGCAUCAAAAGCCGAGGCCGCAUGGUCAACAUGUGGCUCGGAGGACUUCCCGAUGAGGGUAUAAAGAAGGGCGUGGAUGAGCUGGUCAAAGACGGCGGCGUUAAAGGCGUAGGGGGCUUUUCUAUGGUGUGCGGCAAGCUGAGGCGCAACAACGAAGGCAUCGCAAUUGUGAGCAAUAGGGCCGCCGAUGUGAGCGACGUUCCGAUAGUCGGACUGGAACCAGAUGGCGUCUGGGGUCUCAGCAACACUGUUUACAACGACCCCAACGAGUGGCCCAAGGUGACGACAGGAAAACGGCUCUUGAAGGAAGUGAUUCUGGAAGCCGCAGCAAAGAACGCAUCCGAAGACGACCUGGUCGCAGGUCUGUUCUCCAUUCUCGACACAGAAUCCUUGCCGGAGCGACCUGCGGGAUCGAGCUUGCAAGAGUACAUGAACCUGUUGAGGCAUACCAUCUUCGUACCGCCAAUCGGUGACGACAUCAACCAUGAGGAGAUGCAAAAGGCCGCUGCAAAAGGAGGUAUCUUGUGGGCGCAUCUGAAGGACGACCUCAAGGCCGUCGAAGAGCUCAAGGCAGAAUCAAGGCCGGAUGUCACCCCGAGCCCAAGCCCCCAUCCGUCCAUUGGCUUCGAGGAGGGCAUGUACGGAACACAGAGACAGACGGUUCUGUUGGUCGACAAUGACGGCAACGUGACUUAUGUCGAACGUGCUCUCUGGGAUGCCAAUGGGAACGAGAUUCCUCGAGGGGAAGGAGACGUUGCUUUUCGCUUCAGGGUCGACGGCUGGGACGAAUAA